AUGAGUGACAGUGCGCCGGCAGACGAACACGACACGUCGCGUGCUGAGCACGACGUGCGCACACAAGACGUCACCGCCACAACUCCAGCACAACCAGCACUCUCACCGCGAACAGAAGCCAUUGUUCGAGCCAAGUCCCCUGCGCCUUCCCUCGACGAAGGCAACGUGUGCGACGACGACGACGCCGACGCCGAUGAAAACGACGACACGCGCGGCCACACCGCUCGCACCGGCAACGAGGAUGCCAACAGCCUUCCCAACAGCCCCACGGGAAAGAACCUCGCAUAUGACCCUGCAUCGCCAACCCACGCCGGCGACCGCCCAUCACCGCCACUCCCCAAUGCAGAACUGCUCAUGCGCUCGUUUGGGGGCAACACGCACGUCACCCGGCACCACCAACAUACCACCACCAUCACCACCAGCACCAGCAGCACCAGCAGCAAAGGAAACAAGACGCACCUGCAGCAGCAGCAGCAGCGUGCGCGACGUCGCGCAAGCUCCAUCGGCGGCACCCCGCACCGUCGAUACACGUUUGCCGGGCACGACAACGACGACAACGACGAUCGUGACAGAGAUGACGACAGCAGCGGCGACGACGACUAUUACCACGUGAGCGCGGGUGCACGUGAGCGCCGCGUGACCCAUGCAGAGGGUGUGUACGAUCACGUCGGCAGCACACGCAGCAGCGCAAGCAGCGGUGUGUUCUCUGCCCGCUCCAGCGCCUUUCCUGCGUCAAGCACAGCCAGCAGCCCGCGUGCAAGCCACGAUUCAGCGUAUCAGCGCCAGCGCAAGCGCAGCAGCUUGUCCACCGGCACGUCUGCUGCCUCUCCGCCCGAUAUGCGGCGUCCGUCCAUGCAUGCAUGCAAGCAACAUCGCCCGAGCCACUUUGACGCGCUUCUUGAGGAAGCCGCCUUUGAUGCCAGUGAGCCGCCUGCAUGCAUGCAUGGCGAUGGUGACGACGAUGAUGCUGCUGAUGAGGAUGAGGAGGAAGAGGAGGAAUCAACCAUCACAGAUGCACAUGCGCCCCGCCAUGACACCGAGACAGCGUCCUCCUUUGUGUUCAUGAACAACGGUGAUGAUGACGGUGAAGACACGCUUGGUGAUGAUGAUGAUGAUGAUGAUGAUGAUGAUGAUGAUGGCGAUGGUGGCCGUGGCGACAAUGGCAAUGGCGGUUACAAGCCCAGCACAAGCGCGUCGCGCAACACCACACAAGUGCACCUGCUUCAGACGAUGCUUGCAAGCAAGCGUGUGUCCGUUGACUCCAUCGCAGAGACCGAUGACGAGCAUGCUGUGCCGUCCUCAGCUGCAUCCACAGCAGAUGAGACAGUGCGGUGUCGCUCGAGCGUCUGCAGCAUCACCACGCAGGACAGCAGCGGGCGGGAGAGCCAAAGCUCCGUCCAAGAACUCUUCAGUCAGCACCCGCACCUGUCGUGGCUUGCCGCUGCCGUGCGGCAAGGCUCGGCCAGCUCCCGCAGCAGUGCCAGCAGCAACAGCAGCGUCAGCGCCGCUCUCAGUCGCAAUCUCGAAAGCCAGAACUUGCCUGCAGGCAACUUGUCCCAGAGCGGCAGCACCAGCGCCAGCAGUGGUGCUCCUGGUGCUGGUGUUGGUGACGGCAGCAGUGCAGUCGUACCUCGUGUACGUGGGCGGGUUGUGAGCUCGCCACGCGUGCAUGCAAGCACGACGCUAUCCACCUCAUCCACGGCCGAGGAGGCGCUUCGAGACCUGCGUGAACGCGAAGCAAACAAAGGAACAGCAAAGCCCGGACAACCACAUGCUACUGCGUUGUCAUCGUCGUCGUCAUCCGCGUCCUCGUCGGCGACGUCGCUUCGCAAGACCGGCAUGGCAGCACAGCGGCGUUAUGAGCCGCCGCAACACCACCACCAGCGCUCGCGCCCACGCGGCAUGCGAGGAGGAGGGGCGUCGGAGAGCGAAUGGGAGGAUAUUUCCGAUACAAGCGCGUGGUCGUCGCGUCGCCCGUCCGAAGACGUCCACCAGAGCUCGCCAGCCUCCACUCGCACAAGCUCAAACCACGCCCUCUUUGGUGGCAACCGCUGUUAUUCGUGCCUGUGCAUCGCUCGGUCCGAGGGAUGGGCAGCAUGCUACUCGCCCACCUGUCGCAAGGCCCUCGAAUGUCACGUGGGCACGUCCUCCCGUCCCCCACGCGUCCGCUCCGCCCUCAGCACACACGUCAACUCGGCAACAAGCUUGGCUGCGGAGGCACGACGUCCCGCCCGCCCAUCAGCUGAAUUUGGCCGCGCGCGUGUGAAUGAGAUCCACCGUGCCCUUGGCCAUGUCCCGGACCGCCAAGCGCGUACCCGCCCCACGUUCUCGCGAACGAAGACGAUGUUCGUUGUGCGGGAGAGCGGGGAUGUGGAGAAACCCCUCGUCGUCGACACCGUCGUCCGGCGCACAUCACCGCGAAAGCGUUCGACACGGCGAAGCAAAGGCGCGUCGCCUGCCUCAACGCACGUGUCAACGCACGUGUCCCCUCGUACCUCGUCGUCACCGCGCCUGGGCGCCGCUGUGGUUGGACGCAACUUCCGCCGCAGCACGAGCAGCAGCAGCCACCGCCAGCAGCAGCACAGACAGCGCCACCAGCGACAGCUGCGCAGCGUGCGAGGCCGUGUGGCAUCGACCGGUUCUCGGCUCGCCGCCAACACUCUGUCAUGGUACAAUGACUCUCACUUCACGUCGCCCACAUCCCGUGCUGGACGGCUUCGCAUGCGCCCAACUCAUUUCAGAACAAGUGUUCGGCGCUCUCGUGCUCACCGCGAAGGCGCCGGCAUGACGCGGCAACAUAGCGCAAGCAUCUUUGAAGGGAUGUUUCUUCGCCCAGGUGAUGACGCUGGGUUUGAGCAAGUCAGGCAGAUGGUGCAACGCAACAUUUCCAGAGAUGACCUCAUACAGCUCAGUGCCCACAGCUCGCCUGCAAGCUCGCCGCGGCCAUCUGUCACCGUGCACACAACCGCGACGCUGCCGCCAAGUUCCCUGCACCACGUCGAGGGGAUACAGGCUGACACAGCACGCGGCGCAGCGAGCACGCCAAGCGCACACCACAGUGCACACGCACCACUUUCAGACCCUGGGCCAACAGUAGCAGUGUCGAGUGAAGACGUGUCGUCGUGGACAGAGGCAGCACUGUCAAGCACAACCACGUCAUAUGACGCUGCCGACGAGGAAGGAGAUGACCAUACUGAUGAGAUGCACGGGAACGAAGAACAAGAACAGCGGAAGGAACAGGGAGAGGAAGGGCAUGCAGACGCAGUGCAGUCAUCGCAUCAGAACAAGCGGCAGCAACGAGGGCGGCGCCAUCGAGAGCGCGGACGCGGGCGCGAGCGUGAUCGCCAUGGCAGUGAGAGAGGUGGUCGUGGUGAGCGAGAACUGCUGCGAACAGCAGUGCAAGCCGCGGCGCGUGGGCAGCACGAACGCGACACUGAUGUCGAUGAUGGCGAACAUGAUGACGAUGGCAUGCACCAAGCUGGUGGCUUCGACCGCGGUGUUGGUGGCGCUGAUCAGCGCGACAGCAUUCAGUUCACUGACGAUGACGACGACAACACCGAUGGCAUUGAUGACAUUGAUGCUGCGAUUGCUUACGGGCGUGGUCGUGGUGUUUCCAGGCAUCGCCGGCCACCAUCACCAUCAUCAUCGUCGUCAUCGUUUGAGCCCGCCCGUGGGCGUAAUGGCUUUCAUCACCACAGCAAUGACGAUGACAACGACAAUGACGGUGAUGGUGAUGGUGACGAACAUGACGGUCGGUCGUCCAUCAGCGAGGAGUGGACCCGUCAACUUGAAAGCGUCGUCACGCAACUGGAGGACGUCGACUGCGUGAACACCUCCCUGGCGGAUGUUCAGACCGAAGUGGAUUGUGCGCAACUCCACGUGAUGCAACUGCUGGAACUCGAUCCAAUCGACGACAGCGAACUGGAGACUGCGUUUCGAGCGCUGGAUGUGGACGAUGAUGGCUGGGUCACCGUUGCAGACGCGCUUGCCAGUAUGGUCUACUUUGGCAUGCGCGCAUUCGAGGCGAGCAAGAUCAUGAUGGAGGUGAAGACGCAUACCAACUCCCACGGCGUGAGGAGCAUCAACCUGGCGGAGUUCAAGCACUUGUGUCGCCGCGCGGUUGCGGGUGAGCUGUCUCUGCACACCGCUGUACCGACACCGCCAUCCCGCCGUUCAUCGCGCUCGCGCUCGCGACGACGCAGCAGCAGGCGACGCAGCAGCAGGCGCCUGCGUCCGGUCGUGCGUGGGUCUUCCCGUCUUCGCGCGUCACGAACUGCCUCGACACGGCGCCCAUCCGGCCGGCAGUCCUCCCACCUGUCCUUCCCACGGUCUAUGACGGAAUACCACCACCACCACCACCACCAUCAGCAGCACCAUGGUGGGUAUGGUCCGUCCUCGUCGCGGGAAUCCUCCUCCCAGCACCUCCUCGCCGUCGAUAGCGACCAGGAGGACGUGUACGAAAUGGCAGAGCCAUUGGCUUCCCAUCACCGAAGCAGAACGGAGCCGCUCGCAGCGGUCGACUUGCUGCAGAACACGCGCAUGUCUGUGCAGACGGAUCGGGGAUCGUUCAACAUCACUGUGGAGGCGGUUUCGCCAUCGCCAACGCUACAGCCCUCACGGCCCACGUCGGCUGCUGAUGACCGUGGCUCCGCUACACCAACACCCGCACUCGCGGAACACACCCACCACACUGACAGCACGACCAACGACAACGCUGACAGCACCGUGCGACACCACCCGCACCGCCACAGGCAUGACCAAGACAGUGCCAGCCAUGGUGAGGAUGGUGAUGACGAUGGUGAUGAUGGGCAAAUGCUGGAGCAGCAGCCAUCAACAGACUCCAUGCAGAGCUGGGCUAGCUCGUGCGGCGUUGACUUUCGUCUGCGGGGUUCGCGGGCCAGCAGCAACAUGUUUGCAUCUGAAACGCAGUCUGACUCGCGACGGACAUCGUUGGUGUCCUCCGACUUUGAAACGACGCCAGGCUCCGCAUCGGCUGCUUCAUCCGCCGUGUCGCUCGACGUUCGUCGUGGUUCCUCGCCAGGCAGCCGCCGUCGCCGCCGCCAUCGCCAGUCCCACAGUGAUGCAUCACCAUCAGCAUCGCUGCCCUCGCGCGCAUUCUUUGGUGCUGACUUCAACACCGAUGCCCGCCGUCACCGUCACCAUCGCCACCAGUCGUCGCAGCAGCAGCAGCAGCAGCAUUCACCAUCUGGUGUGCGGCAGGACAGUUUCACGUCGCUGUCAUCUGCUGCCUCAUAUCCAGCGAGCGACAGCACCGCUGGCGGCAUCUCCACCACCGAUGAUGACUGCUAUGACUACGGCGACGACGACGACUAUGAUAGCAGUGACGGCAUUCGCGGUGAUGGGAAUGAUCGUGAUGAUGGCGAUGACAGUGUUGAGGAUGUGCACGACACCACUGUGACCAGCGCAACGUUUGGCGCGUCGUCGUCGUCGUCGCCAUCAGCGCGACGCGGGCGGAAGCUGAGUCCACAUCGCCGCCACCGCCGCCACGGUGUUCGCACGCCAGAGUCUCCGCGCGACGUGUUUGAGCAGGUGUCACGCCCCCGCAACGAACAGCGACAGCGCGAGUGGCGAAACCGAACACAGCUGGCAGACAUUCCGGAUGUGGACACGGAGGAGGCACAGAGCAGCCGCGAAGGCAGCAAAGACUUUCAACAACAACAACGACAGCAUCAGCAACAGCAUCAGCAGCAGCAGAAGGGCAGCGGAGGUGCUGAGAACGCCGGUGUUGUCGUGCGUGUGCAGCUGGUGGAAACGAUGACAGACACUGAGGCAGAAGAUGUGGUGCAAUCACGCAAACAUGUUGAAGCUGGGCGUGCCAGAGGAAUGGGAAGAGAAGCAGGCGAUGCAAGCACACAGCAUGAAACGACAACCACGGCAGCGGUAACAGCAGUGGCAGCGACAACAACAGCUACAACGACACUAGCUGCCAAUGCUGCUGGACACGCCAAUGAGGUUGACGAUGAGGUUGACGACGAUGAUGAUGAUGAUGAUGUUGGCGAAGAUGAUGGUGGUGAGGCGACGCCUGGACGCCGACGCGGAUCGCUGGGUGCGUUCUGGCGAAACCGCGUGUGGAAGAAGAACAAGAAGAAUAAGGGAAGGAAGGGCAGGCAAAACACAACGAGCAUGAGCCCAUUGGAAGGCAGCAGGAACAGCAGCGCUGGCAGCAGUGGUACUGGUACCGACAGUGCACGGGAGGUGAGCAAGAAACAGGCAAAGCAAGCAAAGAAGGAAGAGAAGAAGCAACGGAAACAACAGCAGAUGAUGGUGAAGAAGAAGAAGAAGAAGCAACGGCGAGCAACAGCCGCUGGUCAUGAACCGUCCAUCGCCUUCGCCCGCGAUGCCUUGCAUCAGCACCACCUUGACGCCUGCGGAUCACAGCCACACCCAGACGGUGCUGUCCACACCAGCUUUGGCAUGACCGACAGCAGUGGUGGUGGUGGUGGGCGAAGGCGUGCAUUGUCGUUGGAUCAAGGCACACGGCACAGGGGCCCGUCAUCGUCGUUGUCGUCGUCAUCGUCGUCGUCGCACCCAAUUACCGGUCGGUUGCGCCGGCAGUCCGUGUUUAAGAACGCGACAGAUCUGCAGGAAGCGGUGCGCAGAUCAAGUGCCACGUCCACGCACACGCAUAUGAGCAGCGACGCGUUUGCACUCGUGUUCGACGAGGAGGAGGACGAGGAGGAAGUGGAGGAGAGACAGGAGAGACAGGAGGGUGUCGUUGGGAUGAACGCUGACUGUGCCGCUGUUGAUACUGCGGUUGUUGAUGGUGGUGGUGGUGAUCGCGAUGGUGCUGUUGUGCGCAAGCGGGGCAGCGGCAGCAGUAGCAGUGCCAGUGACGAGAACGACGACAACAACAAGCAGAUGCACAGUGAGGAAGACAGGGGCAGGCAUGCUGCACGUGGCUGUGUCACAACGGCAACAACAGCAACAACAGCAGCAGCAACAAGAGACGUGGAUGCGUCUGGUCGUCGUGGCCGCCUCCGCCGCCGUGCUGGCAGUGUAGAUGCUGGUGAUGCUGGUGUUUGCGGUCGCGACCUCGAAGACGAUGAUGAUCAUCGCAGAUACCGCCAGCCGCGCCUGCACGUGGCCACUGAUGGUACGGGUAGUGAUGGUGGUCGGCGGCGUCGUGCAACAGCUGCUGUUAACAUGCAGCCACGUCGUGGUGGUGGUGGUGAUGUGGAUGUGGAUUCAGCGGCCAUGGCCAUGAUGACAACACCAGUGCCGGUGGCUGAAGAAAGCGCUCCGAAGUCGCCAAAACAGACCCAACACCAACAACAAGUGCAGGAGCAGGAGGAGGAAGGGCAAUCACCACGACGACGCCGCAGGUUUACUGGCGUGUUUUUCGGCAGACGCAGGACGUCACAUGGGCGUUGAUCGCCCGUAACUCAGAAGCGUAGCGAGUGAGCGAAUGAGCGGACGAACUAGAGGAGCAAGUUGUGGUGCUGCGGUGGUUGUGGCGGUGUCUGUGACACGCUGUAGCAAGAACUUUAGAAGGACGCGCAUGCGUGCAAGUGCACCUGUGACUGGUUCAAGGGUUCAGACAUUCCGCUCACCCGUGCACAAUUUGUGUUUCACUGCUUGCUUGCGUUGCUCUGCUUGCUUGCUUGCUUGCUUGCU